UUGACGCAGCUGCCGGAGCCGACGACGACCAAGCGCGGGGGUCGUUGAUGUCGUUGUUGAUAUGCUCAUGCGGAGGAGGAAGGGGUCACACAUAUUGAUAACCAUUGACAACCGUCCGACCUGGUUGGCUGGUAUUUUUUUUUCUCACCCUGGAGCUGGGAUGGGCUGACGAGGAAGAGGGAACACGUAUCUGCAUCUGAGCAGGAGUGAGUGAGUUGGCCUUGCGCCUCGUUCAGACGAUAGGUUUCAUGGAUGUUAUGCUCAUUCAUACGCACCUAUAGAGAGAGGUAGGGCCCGUUUCUUCUUGCCCCCGGCCCGUCUUCUACUAAGUUGAGCUGUGAGCAAGCUAUGAGCUGCUAUCCCUUCAGGAUUUCCAGGAUUUAGUGACUUACAAACAUGGGUGAUGAAACAAAUGAAGCUGAAGACCUGGAGCGCAUAUUUACUGAUUCAAGUGCAGAGCCCAUCAAGAUAUCAUAUGCAGCUAUUAGAUAUAUAACUAAGAAUUUCGCGGUAAAGAUAGGUGAUGGUGGGUUUGGUGUGGUUUGCCUGGGUGGACUUCAAAAUGGGAUGGUUGCUGUGAAGAAGCUCCAUUCGAAGGAUCUUUCUUAUAAGCAAUUUUUGGAUGAAGUUAUCUGUCUAAAGAAGGUAAACCACCGAAAUAUUGUAAGAUUUCUAGGAUAUUGUGCAGAUACACAAGGUGAAAUCAUGGAAGCAGAAGGAAAAUAUAGGAUAGUUGAGGUGCAGAAAAGGUUGCUCUGCUUUGAGUACGUACCUAAUGGAAACCUUCACCAUUACAUUAAAGAGAAGACUCAUGGAUAUGAAUGGAAUGUGCGUUAUAAAAUAAUUCAGGGAAUUUGCCAGGGUUUGCACUAUAUUCAUCAACAACGCAUAUAUCAUUUGGAUCUCAAACCUGCUAAUGUGCUAUUGGGUGCCAACAUGGAGCCAAAAAUCACAGAUUUUGGUGUGUCAAGGUGCAUCAGUGAAGAGCAGCGCACCAUGGUCACUGAAAACUUUUUUGGAACACUGGGAUAUAUUGCACCAGAAUUCAUUGAUAAGGGACAAAUAUCAUUCAAGAAUGAUAUCUUCAGUUUGGGUGUUAUCAUGAUAAAUUUAUUAUCAGGGCAUGAUGGGUGUAUUCCUGAAAAGUGGCAUGAGAGUAUAGAUGCAAGCUGCCCACAAAUGAAGAGGUGCAUUGAAAUAGCACAACGUUGUGUCGACACAGACCCACAUAUGAGGCCUACUGCGGGUGAGAUAAUUCUUUAUCUGAAGGAAAAAGAAAUAAUGAUUCAAAAGGAUCCUCCAACUAUUGAUGAACCGAGAAAUGACCCACGAUCUUCACUACACCAGGUUGUACAGAGAUUCAGAGCACUGCCUAUAGAGACUCUUCGGGAACAUUUGAGAGUGGAUACUUUAUAUGUGGAACUUCAUAUCCCGAAGUGCUUACUUGAGGGAAGCAAGAUGCCGGGUAGAGUACCAUUUCAACUUUUACAGUUCAUAACAGAAAACUUUUCUCAUAAGCGACAAAUUGGUCGGACUGGAUUUGCAUACUUAUACAGGGGCAUCUUACGACAGCGGAGCAUUGUUGUGAAGAGGCUAUCCAUGACCAUUUGAUGAUCAUUUUUUUAGUAAUGAAGUUAAAGCCAUGAUGUUUCUUCAGCACAAAAAUAUAGUACAGUUUCUAGGCUAUUGUAGCCAUACCGAAGAAGAGGCGAUGAAAUAUGGUGGACUCAUCAUGGCUGACAGACGGGAAAGACUGCUCUGUUUCGAAUAUUUAAGCAAUGGGAGCCUUGAUCGAUAUGUUUCGGAUGCAUCUUGUGGACUUGGAUGGAGAGAGCGGUAUCAAAUAAUCAAGGGAAUCUGUGAGGGCUUACACUAUCUUCACGGAAACUAUAUUGUUAGCAUGGAUCUCAAACCUACGAGUAUACUGCUGGAUGAUAAUAUGGUACCAAAAAUUUCUGAUUUGUGUCUGUCAGAUUUCUUUGCCGAAGGCCAAAACCAGACUGUUAUAGAAAAGAAAAUCGCAACACAGAACAUAUAUUGUCUUGGGGUCAUAAUCACCGAGAUACUUACAGGACAGAAGGAAUACUACUUUGCUAAUGAUGAGAAGCUACUUGAAAGCUGGAAGGAGAGAUUAUUGCAUACGUCCUCGGCAGACCUGAUCUUAUUGGAACAAGUAAGAGUAUGCGCUGAGAUAAGGAGAGCUUGCAGAGCUGAUGACCCCGACAAAAGGCCAGAUACGGGACGUAUAAUCGAGAUGUUGCCUGAAACAGAGACGGACGGAGCUGGAGCACAAGGAGAUUUAUUAUAUAUGGAAUUUAAUGUCAUGGAGUGCAUCCUGAAGGGAACCAAGAAGCCGGGUAUACUAUCGCAUCAACUUUUAUUGUUCAUCACUGGAAACUUUUCUCGUCAGCAGGAGAUUGGUCGGAGUGAAUUCGCAAUCACGUACAGGGGUAUCCUGCUACACCCGAGCGUUGCUGUGAAGAGGCUAUCUAUGACCAAAGAAUUUGAUGAUCGGCUUUUUAGUAAUGAAAUUAAUACCUUGGUCUUGGUUCAGCACAAAAAUAUAGUACAGUUUCUUGGUUAUACCCAAGAAGAGGCGAUGGAGUAUCAGGGAGAAGUCAUCAUGCCUGACACACGGGAAAGACUGCUCUGUUUCGAAUAUUUAAGCAAGGGAAGCCUUAAGGACUAUGUUUCAGAUGCAUCUCGCGGUCUUGAAUGGAGAUCGAGGUAUCAAAUAAUCAAGGGAAUAUGUGAGGGCAUACACUAUCUUCACGGAAAUACUAUUGUUCACGGAGAACUCAGACCUACCAAUGUGCUGCUGGAUGACAACAUGGAUCCGAAAAUUGCUUGUUUCUGUCUAUCAAGGUGCUUUGUCGAACACCAACGCAGCGCUGUUACGCCAAACAAAAUCGAAUCAAUGGGAUAUAUGGCACCGGAUGCCUUUGCCGGAUUUAUCACAUUCAUGUCCGACAUAUAUAGCCUUGGGAUCAUAAUCGCAGAGAUGCUGACAGGAUGCAAGGACAUACAAAAAGAGAAUGUGCUUGAAAGCUGGAGGACCAGACUGGGUACAUCAUUGACAGACAUACUCUUGGAACAAGUAAGAGUAUGUACAGAGAUAAGCAUCGCUUGCAUAAACCCUAACCAAGAAAGGAGGCCAGAUAUGCAGCAUAUAAUCGAGAUGCUUGAUGAAACAGAAUGUGAGGAACCAGCAGAGCAGUAGCCGUGCUGGACAAGAACAAGUGGCCGGCAGUUGAUUAUGCUUUGCAUUUGAGUAGGAUUACCUUUGUAUCUCCUAGAUUACUUGCUGUGCAAAUCAGUAUAUGCUAUGGUGUACAUGUAAUCCACAAAUACAUAGCGAUGCAACUGACCGAGGCAUUGCUGAUUCUGGCCUUAUUUCUCGUUUACAUGGUAUGGGAAAGUUACAUUUUUUUUGGUCUCAUUUUAGUCUGCUGACUGUUACAACUGAAAAAUCUCAAAUUCCGGUGUUGUAUUUUGUUCUCUGGAUUGCAAUAAGCUUUUGGAUAGU